AUGGAUCGGGAAACUGAGGCCCAGAGUGGGCAAGUCACUGUGCGGUGGGAGGCCUCCCAGGCCGUGAGCAGCAAAGCCCGGCGCUUCUGGUCGCCAAUGAGGAAACUGAGGCUCCAUUGCCACCCAGGGAGGAGGCUCCUGGUCCCUGACUUCUCGGCCCUACUUCGAGGCUGUAAUACUUUCCCGCAUUGGAGAUCGAAGCCCCGACAUGGGGUACAGAUUCCUGGGAAUGCUCAGGCUGCUCUGGAGCUGGCAUUUCUGAAGCCGCCUCCAGUCCCCGCCCAGCACAGCACCAUCCAGGCAGGUGGCCCGCAGUCAAGAGGACUUUGGCAGCCAGGGUGCCCAGCUGCAGCUGAGCGGGUCCCCUGCUGCCUCCCCUCUUCUCAGGUCCCUCCUGUAGUCUAUGCCAGCAGCCGGGACCCCAGCCAGGCCAGGAUGCAGGAAGACGCCCACCUCCAGCAGGGGAGGAAGGCCCAGGGAGGCCUCCGGAAGGAGACCCCAGCCUCUCCAGGAGACAUGGGCCGACAGUUUGUCCUCCGGGUAACCUACCUGCUCACUGCUGUGGAGUUCACCUGCCUCUUCAUGCAGUUCUCCAUUUUGCCGUAUCUGGCGAAGGACCUGGGCCUGGACUCCGUGGGCUUUGGCUACCUACAGACCCUCUUUGGGGUUCUCCAGCUCCUGGGAGGCCCUAUUUUUGGCAGGUUUGCUGACCAGUGGGGGGCCCGGGCAGCCCUGACCCUCUCCUUCGUGGCUGCUUCUGGGUUCUACCUGCUUCUAUCCUUCGCCACAAACGUCCCUCUCCUAGUGGCGUCCCGGAUCCCAGCUAUGUUCAUGCAUGCGCUCCCAGGGGCCCAGAUGGUCAUCACAGACAUGACGCCCCCAGCAGAUCGCCCUGCAGCCCUGGGGAAGCUGGGCCUGUGCUUUGGAAUAGGAAUCAUCCUGGGCUCCUUGCUUGGUGGAACACUGAACAGCAAGUUUGGCCUUUACUCCCCCGCCUAUGUCGCCUUCUUGGCCAACACCAUCUGCACCAUGAUCAGCCUCUCGUGCAUCCCCGCAAACACCAAGGCCACCUCUGAAGCUGAGACGGCCCCAUCAGGCACACCCCCAGCAGCCAGUGUGUUUGAUUUGAAGGAAAUCGCUCGCCUGCUGGGCCUGCCCGGGGUCCGGCCUGUCUUCUUCAUCAAGAUCCUUUCGGGUUUUCCUUCAGGGCUCUUUAUGAUCAUGUUCUCCAUCAUCUCCAUGAAUUUCUUCGAGCUGGAGGCCGCACAAGCCGGGUACCUCAUGUCCUACUUCGGGGUUCUCCAGAUGGUGGUGCAAGGCCUGGUCAUCGGGCAGCUGACUGAGCGGUACUCCGAGGACACCUUGCUCCGGGCCAGCGUCUUUGUCUUCAGUUCCGUGGGCCUGGCUAUGGUGCCAUGUUAGGAAUCUGUGCUUCUGUGCAGCCACUGACGCGGACCAUCGGCCCCACCAUUGGCGGCCUCCUGUACAAGAGCUUUGGAGUCGCAGCCUUUGGCCACCUACAGUUUGCUGUCAACUUUCUCCUCUUCUUGUAUCUGUGCAAGAAGAGCGUUCCCCAGAAAGUCAAGAAAGC